AUGUCUACACCAAGAUUAAAACUAGCUCAAUUAGAUACUAACAAAAUAGAAAAAGAUUGGGAGGUGGCCAUAACAAAGAACGUAUCUUAUCCGAGAGAAUGGUUUGAUAAGCAUCCUGGGGCAAAACCUCCGAUCACUAUUGAGUGCCCUCAAAAUCCGAAUUGGAAGAUUGUUGCUAAAACAGUUGCAUUUGGUAUUGAUGCAGGAUCGUUUCCUCCGGAGAUCGCCGUUCUUUACUUGUACCAUUGUUUCUCUGAGGUCAAACAGAAACUAGGCUCUGAAUGGAUCUCAUUCGAUCGUAAGAUUGGAGCUGCAGGGGCCGAGAUUACCCUAUCUGAUCUUGUUACGUUUGAGCAAAAAAAUAACAAUACUUUGGAUUUACAAGCAGGAGAAUUAGAGGAAACAGACGAAGAUAGGCUGGCCAACAUAGUAAUCAUAUGUGCUGCAUACAGGAUAUCCGGAGUGUCUCGUUUAAAAUACCGAAAAUCUAUCGUGAAGACUGUAAAGAACCUCUUAAAAGGUAUAACAAGAGAAGAACGUCCGAUAGAUUUAUUCUUAAUGAGUCAAUUAGAUUGGUUAAAUCACAGACCAUUUAAACAAAUGAUGGCUGUGAUUGACAUGUAUCUCAAAGUGUUCCCAUAUUGUAAAUAUGCAAAAGCGAGAGUAGGGACAAUUGUAAGCCGCUUCAAGGAUUGUUCUUUGUUGCUUGCAUUACAAAGUUGUGUAAGCAGCCUGGGAUUAAGUUUUUCUGAAUUCGCUCCCUGGGUUUGGACUCCAAAAUGCGCAGAUCAACUUCUGCAGGUAAUCAAAGAGGACCAAGAGCUAGAUAAUCCAAGGUCUUACGCUAUGUAUUUCAUGGAGCUAGGACUUUCGGAAAUAUCUCCUUAUUCCACCUCAAUGAAUCCUGAUUUAAACUUCUUCAUUCAUGCUAUUGGUGCAACUUGCGGGAAUGAACGAUCCUGUAAUGCUAAUAUGGUUGGCUCUCCAGAUAUUACCAAUAUAUUACCUAAUGCUAUGAUUAUCGCAUAUGUGUUUAAAAAGUUUUGCAAACUUAGUCUACAAUUUGCAUAUGAAGGUGAAUUCAAUAGUAAAGAGGAUGACGCACCAGAAACAUAUGAUUAUGAAUCCGGCCAGAUACCUAAUAGUCGCAAUCCGAACACUUGGUUGACUUUCAUAUUAGCCAACCGCGGCAAGAUACCUGAGCAAAUAUCACAGGUAGCCCAUAAACAAUGGCGGAAGAACCCGCGUCUACGCAAUUCGACCAUCGGAAAAUUCUUGUCUCUCAAGGAGACAGAUGAUAUCAUAUUUGUGUAA